AUUGGUGGGAAGCCAAAUAUCAACAAGAACCUUCUGAAAGUGGCAAUUGGAACAAUCAAGGAAUCCCGGCUGAUGCGUUUCCAGCCUUUUAAUGAGUACCGAAAGAGGUUCCAUCUUAAGCCGUACACGUCCUUCCGGGAACUGACAGAUGACGAGAACAUGGUUGCCACGCUGGAAGAGCUGUAUGGAGACAUCGACGCCCUGGAGUUCUUCCCCGGCCUGUUGGUGGAGAAGACCUACCCUGGCAGCAUCUUUGGACAAAGUAUGAUUGAGAUGGGGGCCCCCUUCUCCUUGAAGGGGCUCCUGGGGAACCCCAUUUGCUCCCCCGAAUACUGGAAGCCCAGCACCUUUGGAGGGGCCUCCGGCUUCCAAAUCGUGAACACGGCGAGCUUGCAGAAACUGGUCUGCCUCAACGUGGAACGGUGUCCCUACGUGGCUUUCCAGACGCCCGAUCUUGGAGAGGCCGAAGGCUCCGAGGAGAAGACACGGCCUUCGACGGAGCUCUAACCGAGCUCCCUUGGGUCGAGUUACACAGACAGCCCUCGACUUACAGCGCUUCGCUUAGUGGCUGCUCGAAGUUGCGGCGGCACUAAGAACGGUGAAUUGUGAGCCCUUUCCUCGCAUGCAUGACCGUUGCAGCAUUCCCCCCCCCCCCGCCACGGUCACGCAAUUUGCAUUCGGACACUUGGCGAUGGACUCAUAGUUACGAUGCUCGCGGUGUCCCGGGGUCCUGGCCUUCUGACAAACCAGGUUCAUUUGAACAACCGUGUGACUCGUUUUACCAACCGGCAGCGACUCACUUAAACGAACGUGGCCAGAAAAAGUUGUAUGUUUUGGGCUCAGUGGAAGGAAAAUGAGUGUGUGUGUGUGCGUGGAUGUGCGGCCUGUCUCCCUUGGCUUGUAGCCUAGCCCCCUCCUCACAUUUUGCAAAUGCCUUUGGGGAUCCUAUCCAGAGAGGAGAGGAAACAGCGGCCUAACUGUCUGUGGAGAGUCUAAUCUAAGUU